UGAGGAAUACGACGAACUACAGCAGAUGGAGACGGGGUUGGGAGAUGUCUAUGAAGAGCCAAGUGCGGUUGACGACAGCGAGCCGUCUCAGGCGUCCAAUGGGCGAGAUUCUGGCAUCGCCCCCGGUGGUCUAGCAGCCCUUAUGGAUCGAGUGGAUGCACAACUAAGCGUGAACCAAAGCUUUCCGGACGUCGAUCCAAACAUUUAUGGCGGCAAAGGCAUGGGGGGUGGGGGGCCUGUGUCGAGUGACGACGUGCAUGACGGCGGAGAGGAGCAAUACGGUGGUGUAGAAUCAAACACCGAACAGCGUCGACAGCAUCUCGAGCCCCCAAUUGAGUCAGACAGUCGUAGCAGCGCUGAAGCAAUGCGUAGGCUGGAAAACCUUCACACCCAUGCCCCGUCUUAUGCUGCGAGCUCGACGAUGGAGGGCGGCCCUGAAAACCUUGGGCACAGCACGAAUGCGGAAGAAUCUGAUUUCUAUCCGUUCCGCACGAAGGAACAGCAGCUGAUAUUGAUAUGGCAGCACACGCACCAGAUUUCGCAAAAAGCCUUAGGCGGGCUGCUGGAUAUACUCCUUCUCGAGGACGAGGGCAACGGUUUCGACGUGAGGGGACUGGAACGUGUUAACGCUGCGCACUUCAACAACCGCAUGCGGCAAUACCUUCCUCUUCUACGGGUUCUCGAGCGAAAUGUCCCGUCAACACAACAAGGGAAGAGCUCUGCGGUGGUGUAUGACGUACCUGUGAACCUGCUUCUCGCUCGCGACAUGAAGUUGGUCUCGGAGACGGCACUCUCAGAAACCUACCCGGCGGGGAAUUUUGCGCGGAGAGGAAGCCGCCGCCAACUCCGUUUGUGGGAGAAAGUGUACGUACACGACAAAUGCAUUUGCGAAAUCGCUGGCACGCCUUCUGCCUGUCGUCUCCUUGAGCUCUUCUGGGACACUGCAAGCGGCGGAGUAGUUGCAACUGUUGAAGGGUUUCGGCCAGUAGCGGAGGUGCGAAUUGUGGGGCAGGCGGAGAUGCGAGGAAGACUUGUGCGAGUCUGGGAAGACUGUACUGCUGGAGCGGAAACGCAGCACAAUGUUGCCGGCGUCCUGGGCCUGGCGGAGAUCUACACGGCCGACGAGAUGGAAGCUGGCAAGCACGAUGGUGAGUGGCACCAAGGUGUUCGGUGCACUCUAUGGGAUCGGUUUUUGGGGGAAGGGUUCGUGGUCCAAGCUCGGGCAAAACGGCGCCGUUCCGAGGAGGACUCGACGCAGAAGUACGAGGUGACCCACGCGCCUUGGUGCAAGGAAGGAACAUCUGACGACCCACUGUUCGUUUUGAGGAGGAAAGGCUUCCAUCUCAACAACGACAUCCUCGUAUUUCGGACCCUGUCGCUUGCUACAACGACGCCUUCAACUGCUUUGGCAUGGGAAACAAGGCACACGCGUGGCACAUACUUCGGUUGGCCGUGGAGGAGUCAGGCGGUGCAGAGACUGAGGCGACAAAUGCACGUCGGAACCCUUGCUGGCACCGGAGCUACUUGCCAAGGCGAGAUCGGUCUUCAGUGUGAGAUCCUUGGAUUGCUGCAGCGGGGGCGCUUGGGAGAAUGCAUGCUCAUGGAUGACGACGGGGCAAUAUCGAAGCAUGAGGAUGACCAGGCAUGCAACAACUUCUCGAGGUUCCCGUGUCCGUACUGCAUGGUUGAGCAACGCGACAACAUUACCGGGGGGGACCUGGGAGAUGCCCAGUACGACAUCGAAGCAAAUCGACGUACCUGGGGACACGGCCGGUCUCGACAAUCGAUGGUACUGGGGCUUAUCACAGACACCAACGGCCCCUCCCUGCCGAUGCACGACUCAAUGCUCACCGCCCCCGCCGCGGUUGUCCCUGUGGAGCGGCUGCACUUCGAUGCCCUGGGGUCCUGCCAGCUGUGCCAAGUUUCCUGCCUCGAGAUGUUGUCAACUCAGGGUCGGCGGCUGGUCUCGGCGGUCGUAGCUCAAAACCUUUCUCUGUUAUACCCAGCUGGCACGGAGCGUCUCAAGGAUAUCGUGUCCAACUACUCGUCUCUCACUGGGAGCGACUAG